AUGGAACUUCAAGAUCUUGUGCGCCAGUAUGAGCGCAAUGGCUACUUUGACGAGCUCAUUGCGGUUCUGGAGGCUGGCCAGGGUCUGGAACGGGCGCAUAUGGGCAUGUUCACCGAAUUGGGCAUUGCCCUCUCUAAGUACCACCCCAUCAUCUUAGGGAUGUUAAUGCGAGACCAGAAGAGCUUGAGAUGUUCUAUCACCCGGUCGGGGUGGUACUUAGAGAGGGCAAUGCCCAAUUCGGUGAACAUGCCCAAGAUGAUUCGGGCCUGCGAGAAUGCAAGUCUCUGGCCGGAGCUGGUCUUCUUGUACUGCCACUAUGAUGAGUGGGACAACGCUGCAUUGGCAAUGAUGGAGCGUGCUGCCGAUGCCUGGGAGCACCACUCGUUCAAGGACCUAGGUUUGGUCAGCGAUGGGCUUGAGGCUGUGGGCAUUCGAGGAAUCCAGAAUGAUGAUAGCUUCGCUCUUACCUUGUUCUCAGAGGUUGCCCAAUAUCUCAUCUGA